AUGCCGCAGACGCCGUCGACCCGUUGGUGCCCGACGCCGGAGCAGCUCAUGAUCCUGGAGGAGAUGUACCGGAGCGGGGUGCGGACGCCCAACGCCGCGGAGAUCCAGCAGAUCACGGCGCACCUCGCCUACUACGGCCGCAUCGAGGGCAAGAACGUCUUCUACUGGUUCCAGAACCACAAGGCCCGGGAGCGCCAGCGACUCCGCCGACGCCUCUGCUCCCGACACCAGCAGCAGUAUGCGCAGCAGGCUCCCCCUCCUCUUAGUCCUAACAGCAUCAACGCCCUUCCUUCUGCUGCCAGCGGCAGUAGCGCCGGUGUGCAUCCGGCGGUGAUGCAGCUGCACCACCACCACCCGCACCCGCAUGCGGCUACCACCUUAAUGCCCCACCUGGGCUACUUGGGGCAGCCGGCGGCGGCGACUCUUCCGGUGGUUCAUCCAGCAGCUGCAGCUGCAGCAGGAGAAGGAGGAGGAAGCAAGAUGUCUGCAGGUGGUGCCUAUGGAGCUGCAUUAUACAGUAACAACAACAAUCAGGAGGAGUGGACGAUGGAGCACUGCAACGCCAACUGCAGUGCUGCAGCAUCAGGCAGCUCUGACGAGGGCGGUGCAGGUCUCCAGCUGCCGCCUUGCUGCCGCCGGCCUCUGAAAACCUUAGAGCUCUUCCCCACGAAGAGCACUGGCCUCAAGGACGAGUGUAGUAGCUCCAAGUCCUCCUCUUGCUCCACAUCCACCAACUAA